CAUAUAUUCGGAUGUGGAAAAUUCAUCCCAAAUUUUUGAAUUAAAAACGAAGCUUUAGAAGUCCAGACAAGGAGACUGUGGUGUUACAUCUCAUUAUAAUGACAUUGUGUCACUUUGGCAGGAAUUGGAUCUUUGCUAUGAAGAUUGAAUGGGACUGUCCAACUGACAGUGUUCGCCAUAAGAAAAGAGAGAAGAAUGAUCGAGUAUAUGUGUUUCUUGCAGGUCUUAAUCAGGAAUUAGAUGAGGUACGAGGCCGAAUCCUAGGAAGGAAACCACUGCCUUCCAUCAGGGAAGUUUUCUCUGAAGUAAGAAGAGAGGAAACUAGGCGCAAAGUAAUGCUGAAGACUUUUGAACCUAAAAAUAGUCCCGAGGUUGAGAGUUUGGCUUUAGUGUCAAAAGGAAGUGACUCAGAUGGAGAAAAGAAGAGGAAGCCCUGGUGUGACCGUUGCAAAAAAUGUGGCAUACCAAAGAGACUUGCUUGGAAACUCCAUGGGAAACCACCUCAGAGUCAAAAGAGGAGAAACAAAGGAGAAAAUAGAGCCUUACAAACCGUGAAUGAAGACUCUCAAGGGCAGCAAAUCACCUUAGAGGAACUAGAGAAAUUGGAGGACUUUAUUUCUUUGAAAAUGGACCAAGUUCAAAAAGGCCAGUACAAAGUACAUGUUAUGGAACUGUCUCUAUUACUAGUGAUGAAGAAAUAAUGUUAUGGCAC